UCUGGGUUUGAUCUCAUCGACAGAACAUCUCAUCUUUCACACAUCACACUCGUAGUCACACAGCCAUGUCUCAACAGUACUCGUAUGGAGGAGGGGGAGGAUAUGGUGCGCCUCCCCAACAGCAGCAAGGCGGCUACUAUGGCGGUAGCCAGCAGGGAGGGUAUGGUGCGCCACCUCCUCAGCAGGGUGGAGGCUAUGGCGCUCCUCCUCCUCCUCCUCAACAGGGUGGCUACGGUGCACAGGGCGGCGGCUACGGUGCUCCCCACGGUGCGCCCCCUCCGCAGCAAGGUGGAGGAUACGGCGGCGGCGGCGGGUCGACCUAUCCCGGCCAACAGCAGUCACGCCCGCAAGCCUUCACCCAAUCUACUGGACCACCGCCCGGAGCUGACCCGCAACUCUGGUCCUGGUUCAUCGCAGUAGACGGCGAUCGCUCCGGUCGCAUUUCCGCUCGCGAAUUGCAAUCCGCCCUCGUAAACGGCGACAACUCUCAUUUUGACUUGGACACAGUCAAGAUGCUCAUGAGCAUCUUUGAUACCGACAGGUCCGGGGAGAUCACCUUUAACGAGUUUGUCGGCCUCUUUGGGUAUGUCCAGCAGUGGAGGGAGGUCUUCCAGAGAUUCGAUUCGGACAGGAGUGGCUCCAUCGACCAGAAUGAGCUGGGCAACGCACUGCGAGGCUUUGGGUACAACUUGAGCCCCAAGCUUAUCCACAUUGUGUCGCAGAAGUACAUUGUCUCUUCCUCUUCGUCCUCCUCCGCCCCUGGCACCACUCCCGCCCCUUCCACAGGCACAAUCGGCGGUGGACCCACGACUGGCAUCACUUUCGACCGCUUUGUACGAGCCUGCGUGGUCAUCAAGUCGCUCACUGAGGGAUUCCAGCGAUUUGACACGCAGAGGUCAGGCUGGGCACAGCUCAACUACGAUCAAUUCCUCGAGCUGGCUCUGAGCGCUCCAUGA